CAAUAAAUAAUGCAGCCGCUGUAACGUCCAACGUCAACGUCAACGUCAACGCCGAACGUCGACUGCGCACGGAACAGCAUCACAGCGAAUCACUUCGCAUGCGAAACUCAACGAGCGCGCAUCAAAAAAAUCAAAUUCAAACGGUUACGGUUAAAGAGUAACGAACUACACUGAAGAAAAGAACUGAACUCGAGUGCCCGCCCCGCAAGAGACUAUCAAAAGAUAUUUUGUGUGCAUACAGCUAUAAUAAAAGAGCAAAGCAUAAAAGAAGCAAAGGAAGAAGAAGAACGAACGAACGAACGAACUGACUGAACAAACGGUAACUGUGGUAAACUUCAAAAGGCACACAGUCGUAAUUGAAAUCGAAUUAAAGCAACGUGCAAAAAAAUAACAAACAAAAAAUACAAAAAAAAAAAUAAAAAAAUAAAGGAACAGAUAAGAAAACAACUAAAAGGCAGGGCGAUAAAAAAGAAAUUAUGCCACAUUGUGCGAGAGGUCAAAGCGAGACGAGUUACCAGCAGAUUAUAUAGAGCUCUUUGCGUAAUUACCGCAAGCCUCGCUUUAAUGCUUAAUAGGCAACCGAAUUAACGCAGGUCCACAGAACAAACCAAAUGAGCUAAACGCUAACCGCUAAAAACCGUUAAUUUGAGCUUUAGCCGCGUCGCAGAGCUUCAGCUUCGGCCACAGCUGGCAGCUUGCAGCAGUUCUCUUGCACAGGCGCUGCCUACAGCUACUGUUCAAAACUUUCUUCGAAGUCGUGUGCGCCGUGAUCUUUGCACGCCGUCGCAUAGCUGGUAUUGAACUUGAGAAGUAGUCGCAGUCGCAGCAGCAGUCGCACUCGCAGCAACAACAAUAGCAACUGCUUCUAUUUCAAUUGUUAACGAGCGAAAGCGUCGUAGUCACGCAUAUACACACACAAGCAAAUAAAGCAUACUCACACACGCACGACUUCGUCUUCGUCUCGCACUUCGUCUUCCUUUGCUACGUUUAGGCUAGGCCAGGAAAGUGCAGUCGACAGUGAAAAUGAUGUGCCCGUUCCAGACUCGCUUUAGGCUAAAGUUCCAGUGCCAGCUGUUUGGCGCACUGCUAACAUGCAUGUUAACGGCAAUGCUCACUAAUGGCGCCGUUACAGAUUCACCCAUUAAGAUCAUUAAAUUGCCGGCACAAGCGCCUGUGAUACGCUAUCGAAACGCGGAUGCUGCGCCGGAUUCGCUCUUGAUCAACUAUCGGCAGGAUGCGCAGCCAGAGCUGUCGGCCACGUUGAUGCAGGCGCCGGGUGCAGCGGCUGCGGCACUGGAGAAUCUGCUGCAGGAGGAGCUGGAUCAGCAGCAGCAGCUGACCAUGGGUCGGCAGCACAGAGCCAGUGCGUCCAGCACGAAUGCCAACAACAAUUGUCCACGUUCCUGUCCGCCCAGCUUGACGGUGGGCGCGGAGCCCGUUUGCGGCACUGAUGGCCUCAUCUAUGCCAAUCUGUGUGAGCUGCGCAAGAAAACCUGCUCCCGCAAUGGCGUCUCCCUGAUCAAGGACGUGCGCGAUGGCUGCGAGCGUUCGAAGGGCUCCGAUUGCAAGCAUCGUUGCAGCACCGAAAAGGAUCCCGUUUGUGGCACCGACGGACGCACCUAUCUGAAUCGCUGCAUGUUGCGCGUUCAGUCGUGCCGCGUGGGCCUGGCGGCUGUCAAGCUCUCGCAUGUGGGUCCUUGCAGCAACACGAGCGCCCAGCGCGAAUCCUGUCCCGUGGACUGUAACAGUGCGCCGAAGGAUGGACCCAUCUGUGCCUCCGAUGGCAAUGUCUACAACUCCACGUGCGAGAUGAAGCUGCACACCUGUGGUCAGGGCGUCGUCAAGACCAGCCGCAAGCACUGCCAAUCGACGCGCAUGUGCCGCGAGUCCUGCUGGCGUGUGGCAAGGCCCACUUGCGGCUCGGAUGGCCGUCUCUAUGCCAGUCCUUGCAAGAUGCGCUCCACCAAUUGUGGCAAGCAUGUGUUCGAAGUGCCGCUGUCCUUCUGCAUGCCGCAAGAACGACAUGGCAGCCAGUCGGCGGAGACAUGCCCCACCGAGUGCCCCAAAUCGGAGGCAGAUGCCACAUCGCAAUAUGUCUGCGGCAGCGAUGGCAAUAUCUACUCAUCCCUCUGCGAACUGAAGAUGCUCAACUGCGGCCCUCAACGCAAGUCCAUUCAGAAGAUGAGCAUGGACAAGUGCAAGAACCGUUUGACACGCUGCAAGCAGCUGCCGCCUUGCAAGGACUUUAACAAUCUGUUUGGCUCGAUCUUUAGCUCGAAGCGCAAUGACAAGUUGUGCGGCACCGAUGCCAAGACAUAUAACAACGAGUGUGAGCUGGCCCAUGCCACGUGUCUACGCGGCGUUAAUUUGGCGCACAUUGGACCCUGCACGGAUCUGAAUUCGCCUGUUAAGGAUUGUGGUGAUGCGUGCACGCGUGCUGAUCUCGAGCAGCAGCCGGUUUGUGGCUCCGAUGGCAACACCUUUGGCUCGAUGUGCGAAUUCAAGCGACGCACCUGCAAUCUGCGCGUGGUGCCCGUCUCGCUGAAGAAUUGCGCCCUGACCGCUGACUGUGAAUCCGACUGCGAUGCGCAGCCACCGAAUUUUGUGUGCGGCUCGGACAACAAGUUCUACAAGUCGGAGUGUCACAUGCGUAAGGAGAACUGUGGCAAGCAUGUGUUUGUGGUGCCACUGAAGCGCUGUCUAGCUGCCUUCCAGUUUAAGGGCUGCGCUCGCAUCUGUCCGCGUGAAUUUGAGCCGGUGUGUGGCAGCGACAAUAAGACGUAUUUGAAUGACUGCUUCCUGGACAUCGAGAAUUGUCGCACCAAUAGCACCGUGGCUGUGCACCAUUACGGCGCCUGUGGACGACCCGAGGCGCCAUCCACCAAUUUCCUUUACUAAGAAAGGGGAUUUCUUCCAAUUUUACAUGGCAUUUAAUAUUUUUUAGGCUACAGUCUAUUGCGUAUUGUAUGUAUAAUAUUUUUAAAAAACAAUAUUUAUUAUGUUGGAAUUAAAAAGCCGAACGAACGUA